AUGAUGGAGCCAGCUUGGCACGUGUGGGGUAAAAUGGGCCACAUCAACACUGAUAUUUUGCACAUGGCAAUCCGGGAUAUGAUCAGGUCCGUAUUCCAUUGUGACAUGUCAGUGUUCGAUGCCUAUAUGUCCCCAAAAAAAAAUAAGUCAAAUCUCUUUCAGUGGGAGACUAGCCGGGCCUUAUGUUCCCCGCCUGCUUGUUACUACUUUAGUCGCAAUGACAUCAUACCGCAAUUAAGCUGCAAGGUUUUUUGCGCCAAGUACCCGUUUGAAACCAUUCAAAAAGCGUGCAAAAAAACCUAUAAUCAUAUCGUGAUCAAGGAAGUGAGAUUUUUUGAUCUGAAAGUGCUUUACCCAUUGCUUCAAGAUCCAUCUUUGAACCUAAAAAUCCUCCACCUGGUCCGGGACCCACGAGCUGUCUAUCAGUCCCGCAUGAAAGUGAGUUCAAUGUUGUCACAUGACACCAACAUUAUACUGAGGGGGACCAAAGGCAACAAAAGUGAUUUUUCCUUCAGAGCGAUGGAAAAGGUUUGUAAGAGCCAAGCACAAAUAUUUGAAACGGCCAUGUUUGGAAUUCCCAGCAAACUCCAUAAGCGCUACAUGUUGCUGCGCUAUGAGGACAUUGUCCAAGACCCAUUGGGGAAGGCCAAGCAGGUCUAUGAGUUUGCCAAGCUGCCUUUUACCCCAAAACUUAAGGAUUGGAUCCAUAAUAUGACACGUGGAAAGGGACGUGGACAAACCUUUGUCAUCUCCUCUCGGGAUGCUCUAAACACCUCCAGAGCUUGGCGGACAGUGCUUCCAUUUGAAAGCAUUCACAAAGUUCAAAGCAUUUGUAGCGAAGCCAUGGCGUUGUUUGGGUACAAAAUCCUACGGAAUGCAAAGCAGCAAAAAGACUUAUCUGUAGAUAGUAUGCUACCUAUGCUAAAGGGACAAGUCUAA